UGACCUAAUGGCAGAGCUGAUCUCAAGGUUUAGGGGAAAAUCAUCGAAGUUGGAGAUACGACGCAAAUUCGAAGGAGCUAUGUCGAUGAUAAGAUAAUGCUUGCUCAGGGCAUUAAUAUUGAUGCAGAUGAAAUGUUGAGCUGCAUCAUCGAAGGUAUCCCCAAUCAAGGGCUACGCAAUCAGGCGCAUAUUCAAUGCUUUGUGGAUGUUGGGCACAUAAAGAGGGCGUUUGCGGAUGUAAGCUUGCCAAAGCUAUAUGGAGUUGGCAGGCCGACGACAUCAACGGAUCCCAAGGACAGCAAGGAGACUCGUUGUUUAAAUUGCAAUGCCAAAGGGCAUUGGGCGUAUGAGUGCAGGAAGUCGAAACGGGAGAAAGGAUCAUGCUAUGCGUGCGGAGAGAUGGGACACUUUGUUGCGAAAUGCUUGAAAAACAAAAACAAGAACGAGGGCGAAAACAAAUAUAAUGCCUCAUAGAUACAGGAAGCCCAACUUCAUUUAUUAAAAUAUCCAAAGUGCCAGAAGAC